UGUGAUAGUUGUUGGCCUGUACUUGGUGAGUUGCUCUUUCUGUUAGUCGGGUCCUUGGCUGGAGUACUGAAGCUUGUGGGAUUUUUUUAGAUUUGUUUUGUAAAGAACAUCAGAAAAAAUGGGAUCAUUACCUUUCAACUUUUAUGAGGACAUGAAAGAAGAGUACCGCGAGUGCUUUGUACUUUUUGACACCGUCGGUGAUAACAAAGUGUCAGCCUUGGUAGUUGGUGACAUCGCCCGCUCACUUGGAAUGAACCCAACCCUUGCAGACAUAAAUAAAGUGAUUGGAAAAGAAGCUGAUGAGGAUACCCGCAUAACAUUCGAGGAUUUCUUGGCACAGCUCCAAGAUUUGGCAAAGAGCAAAGACCAGGGUGUUGCCGAGGAUUACAUGGAGUGUAUGCGUGUAUUUGACAAGGAAGGUAACGGCAUCAUCACAGGAGCUGAGUUGCGCCGAAUCCUCACAUCACUCGGUGAGAAACUAAAGGACGAAGAAGUUGAGUGUUUACUUGCUGGCUUAGAGAACUCUGAAGGUGAAAUCAGUUAUGAAGACUUUAUAAACAGAGUGAUAGCUCCAAUGCCAGAAUAAACGUAUCAUCGUUCAAAAAUCAGUGACCAGUGGGCUAAAGACAUUUUUAAAAACAAUAUACAAUACGUUUUCCAACAACAAGAAGAUCUGUAUUACUAAAGAAAUAAUUAUGAAAAGUUUAUUAAUAUUAUAUACAAGAAGCGGUAUCUUUGAGCUGUCGAUAGUAAUGCCCUCUUCAGUUUAUAACGUUAUGUUCAACAGGCAACGGUGGGAAUCAGCAGAAAUGCUUGGUGCAAUCUAUUUAUAGCACUUUUGUAUAUGCAGUGUAUAGAUUAAUAUAGUAGAAGCUAUGCAUUUAUUCAAGGUGAACUGCAUUUUUAAUAAAUUUAGCAACUUUCGUAGUCCUCAUACCGACCGCUUCGUUCAUAUUUUAAAUACUAUAAAUAGUUUUUUCUCUUUUUAUUAAACUUUUGGUUAUCAACCAGGAUCAAGCAGUCUAUUUCACUUCGGAAUUAUUUUUUAUACCAUCUGGAACAAAAAGAUGUUCUUUGUCAAGUUAGUUGGCAUUAAAUUAUCUCAUACAAUGAAUUUGAGUGAUGAAUCUGUCUACUUUCAGCACUAUUUUUUUUUCUCAUCGUUGAAAUCUUAACAGUUUGAACUUAAUAGCGGUUGGUGCGACUCUCAACGUGCGUUUGAGAUUAAAAAAUCAAGUAUCGUAACCAUCAAGCCACAUCAUCAAACACUUCAGCACCCGGGAUGUAUGUGAUACUUGUUUCAAAAUUAUAAAACAAAUGUAGUAAAAAAAUAAAAUACAAUUUAAGUCUGAGAGUGCCAUUUCCGACCAUCCAGAGUUGCCAUAAUCAUAAAUUAGUAUUGACAUUCUGUCUGUUAAAGUCCUUCCUUGGGCCCCUCUAUUUCGAAUUGCUGGAUUCGCCACUGAUAGUAAUAAAUGACAACAUGGUACAACAA